GAUGUGGACUCUGCCUACAUGACCAAGGUGGAGCUGGAGGCCAAGGUGGGAGCUCUGACCGACGAGAUCAACUUCCUGAGGGCCAUCUACGAGGAGGAGCUGUCCCAGAUGCAGAGCAUCAGCAGGGACCUGUCCGUGGUGGUGUCCAUGGACAACAACCGGCACCUGGACCUGGACAGCAUCAUCGAGGAGGUCCGGCGCCAGUACGAGCAGAUCGCCCAGAGCAGCCGGGCCGAGGCCGAGGCCUGGUACCAGAGCCAGUACGAGCAGCUGCAGAGCACGGCCGGGCGCCACGGGGACAGCCUGAGGAACACCAAGCUGGAGAUCCAGGAGCUCACCAGGAACGUGCAGAGGCUGCGGGUGGAGAUCGAGAACGUCAAGAAGCAGAACCAUCACCUGCAAUCGGCCAUCGCCGAGGCCGAGGAGAGGGGCGAGAUGGCCCUCAAGGAUGCCAGGAUAAAGCUGGAGGAGCUGGAGGCAGCCCUGAGCAAGGACAAGGAGGAGCUGGCCCGGCUGCUGAAGGAGUACCAGGAGCUGCUCAACGUCAAGAUCGCGCUGGACGUGGAGAUCGCCAUGUACAGGAAGCUGCUGGAGGGGGAGGAGAACAGGCUCUGCAACGACAGCAUGUCCAACGUCAACGUCUCCGUGGUCGGCAGGACCACCGUGACCAGCGGCAGAGUCGGCGGGAUGGGAGGAGGAUUCGGCGGCGGCAGCGGCCGGGGAGGAGGAUUCGGAGUGGGCGGCAUGGGAGGAGGAUUCGGCGGCGGCAGCGGGAUGGGAGGAGGGAUGGGAGGAGGGAUGUGCGGCGGCGGAGGAGGGAGCGCCUUCGCCGGCGGCAGCUGCGGGCUGGGCGGGGGGAUGCACGGCGGGGGCUUCUCCUCGGGCAGCGGGAGGAUGUGCGGCUCCGCCGGGGGCUCGUCCUCGGUGCGGAGAUGCGUCACCACCUCGGUGAAGUCCUCGGGGGUGCGGUUCUGA